GCGCUGCGCGCCGCCGUGCCCGCCCCGCCCGCGCCGCCCGCGCCGCCGCCCGCCUCGCCCCGCGCCGCCUUCAACUUCAUCGCCGACGUCGUAGAGAAGACGGCGCCCGCCCUGGUCUACGUGGAGAUCGUGGGCAGGCACCCGUUCUCAGGCCGUGAGGUGCCCAUCUCGAACGGCUCUGGAUUCCUGGUGUCUCCCGAUGGGCUCAUUGUGACCAACGCACACGUGGUGGCCAACCGGCGGCGCGUGCGGGUGAAGCUGGCCAGCGGGGAGCAGUACGACGCCGUGGUGCAGGACGUGGACCAGGUCGCAGACAUCGCCACCAUCAAGAUCAAGCCUAAGCGCCCGCUGCCCACGUUGCCCCUUGGGCGCUCCUCCGAGGUGCGGCAGGGGGAGUUCGUGGUGGCCAUGGGCAGCCCCUUCGCCUUGCAGAACACCAUCACCUCCGGCAUCGUCAGCUCCGCGCAGCGCGGCAGCCGGGAGCUGGGCCUGGCCGCCUCCGACAUGGAGUACAUCCAGACGGACGCCGCUAUCGACUUUGGGAACUCUGGUGGUCCCCUCGUCAACUUGGAUGGCGAAGUGAUUGGGGUGAACACCAUGAAGGUGACGUCAGGCAUCUCCUUUGCCAUCCCCUCAGACCGGCUGCGGAAGUUCCUGCAGAAGGAGGAACAGCGCAAAAGCUCCUGGUUUGGCAACGCGGAGACGAAGCGCCGUUACAUCGGGGUGAUGAUGCUGACUCUCACACCCAGCAUCCUAGCUGAGCUGAAGCUGCGUGACCCCAGCUUCCCUGAUGUCUCCUAUGGAGUGCUAAUCCACAAAGUGAUCAUCGGUUCCCCGGCCCACCAGGCAGGGCUGAAGGCGGGCGACGUGGUGCUGGAGAUUAACGGGCAGGCGACGCGCCGUGCCGAGGAUGUGUACGAGGCAGUGAGGACUCAGCAGAGCUUGGCCCUGUUGGUGCGGCGCAGCUACGACACCUUGCUGGUGAGCGUCGUCCCUGAGGUCACAGAGUAGCUGUGCUGCAGAGCAGGCCGCUCUGUCUGCUGGCUGACUGCGCCGGCCAGGAGCCGAGGACGCAGGACUGAGGCACAUCUGUGUGCCAUCGGGGAGAGACUGGGAGCUUGCGAGGGCCUGGAGGGGCCAGGCAGGGGGCAAGGCACUGGGGCAGACUCGGUGUGAAACCACUCCCCUCCGUGCUCAAAUAAAGUGCUUUUCUAGGUGC